UUGUGUCACUGAUUCACUAAACUAUUAACUAUCACUGUAAUACGUUUUCGCGGUUUUUACGCCGAGAUAACAAUAUCACAGGACUAUCAACACUUUAGCUUCACUUUAAAACUUUAGUCCCUAAUAUCGAAACUCCACAUAUCCAAAGUGAUGGUCUUACGACAUAAUAUGAAUACACAUAUGACAGAAUAAAUCUAUGUUCUUUUUAAUUGCGAAGUACAUUUGAGCGGAGUUGGGAAUAGACAGUAUAGAGUGGUAUUUUAGUGAAAGUGGACAUGGAAAGGGGGCCUCUGAUGGCAUUAGAGCAUGCGUCAAAAGAACUGCGGAUGCCCAUGUAGCAGCAGGACAUGACAUAUCAGAUUAUCAAAAACUGAUAUCUUGUCUAUAAUCAAACUGCAAGGGCAUAAACAUUUCACCGAUCGACGACACAUAUAUAAAUAAUAUAACUCAAAUUCUGGAGACAAAACCUUUCAAAGGAACACUUACUAUACGACACCUGUCUUGAAACAAAAGAAAUUCGGAUGUCAUACACGCACGCAGUUUCAGUUGUGCUCUAUGCAGAGGACGUGACUUUAUUAACUUUAUUUGUUCACACAACAUAAUUGGGAGGAUGUUUUUGACAUACCAUAUGGAAGAUAAGCCUGAAGAGAAUACCAUCCUACCAGAAACACACGGAACACCUCCUUCCAAUUAUGAUAUGGAAGACGGGCUGAUAUAUCUACCGGAAAUAUGUUCCUCUCCUUCCAAUAAUGAUAUUGACGAUGGUUCUACUUACCUCCCGGAAACAAGAGAAACAUCUCCCUCCAUUGAUUACCAUGACCAGCCUAGUCCAGUAUCCAUGCCACCUUCACCAGAAGUUCUAUCAUUAUCCAAUAAAAACUUAAACAAACAAGACUUUUACAAAAUGUGCUACGGCUCUGACAAGGAUGAGGAAAGUGAUGAGGAGAUUUUUAGUUAUAAACGAAAGGAAAAUAUUCGCAAUUUUGAUUCAAGAGAAAAGGAUAUUGCUGUUGAAGAUGAAUCAAACGAUUCCGAUUCUUAUUUUUUUUGUGCGCCCACGACGUUGCUCUCUUAAUUAAUAAAAGUACUAAGAUUAAUAUCCUAACAUAAGUGAUUCUUAACUGUAUGAUUGAUAUGAUAUUUUAGAAUAAUUAUGAGAAGUUUAAAUGUUUAUUUUAUGCUUAAAAUCUUAAAUAUCGUCACUCCUGUCGAUUUCUUAGUCACUCGUGUCGAUUAAUCAAAACUGAAAAUUAUAAUUAUUUCAUAAACCAGUAUUGUGUCAUCUCUGUUCUUUUUAUAUUAUGUUCCUGUAGUGAUAAGAAACACUUAAAACCAUUUAGGGCGGAUUCGACCAAACUUCACUUUACACGAGAAUAACUAUCACGGGGAUAAUUUUACUCCUUGAAUAUACUCGCGGAUAACUUUGUUUGCAUUUUACCAACUACUCGAAGAAUAAAACAAUCUCGGUAUUGUUAUUCUAUGUUCUAGAGUGAUUGAUGAACGAUGUAUUGAAUGAAUAUAUAAACCGACGAAAAUCCGUACAAUAUUGUUUCUUAGAACUUGACAUUAAAUACGCAACAUUUUAAUUUUACAGGAUAACAUAGUGAAAUGUGACUUGUGUUGACAGAGGACCAGAGGACAUUGGUCUGUCUGUUUCUCGGGUGUUAUUCAGUUGUGGUGUAUUUGUGCAUUUUAAUUUAGUUUUUAAGAUUUUUACUUUGUUAUGGAGGGUCUAAAAAGAAAACGCAGCCCUAAUUGGCUUCCUUCUGAAAGAAAAUUGUUAAUGGACCUAGUGGAAAACCAUUUUCUAGUAAUAGAAAAUAAAAAAACGGAUGGCGUGUCUGUAAAGGCCAAACUUGCUGAAUGGCAAACUAUAGCUACGGAAUAUAACAGCCAAACCACCCACUCCCACCGUGAUGCGGAAAACUUAAAAAAUCAGUGGGAAAGUAUGAAAAAGGCUGCUAAAAAAGAAGCAUCCCAUGCUAGAAUGCAAAGAAUUCAAACAGGUGGCGGACCUUCGCAACAAAAAAAGGAAGAUCCGGUUUCUUCCAGAAUUAUUUCAUUGAUAGGAACAAGUGCUGUAGGGUUAUAUAAUCCCUACGACAAGGAUAGCGUGGUCCCAGUAUAUGCAGAUUCUCAAACUUCUACUGCUACUGGUUCAGGGUCAGAAUAUCUUCCAGGUUCAUGUAAUAUAGAUAUACAGAAAAUCAUUGAUAUUCACAAGCCUUUUCCUGUGACAAAGAAAGAUGGUGACCCAAUUUCAGAUUGGACUGAUUGUAACUCAGCUGUGUCUACUCAAUUAUGUCCAAAUAUUGAUGAUGAUGUCAGUAUGAACGCCAGUGCAACACACGCACAGGAGUUUUCUACUAAAGAUUGGGGUGAUUAUACACCACAAUUGCUGAAAACUCCUGUGUCUGUCCAGUUAAAAACAAAAAAUAAAAGUAAAACAAGUGUGUCAAGGAGAAGACCCUUGCAUGCUCCAGGAACAAGCUCUAUAGAAAUGCUUUACAAACAAAAAAUUUAUGCCAUAAGUUUUCAGAAGGUUCUGGCUACGGAAGAGUCAGAGAGGAACAAAACAAUAGCUAUGUUAGAUAUAGAAAUAAAAAAAGAAAUUCUAAAACAAGAAAAGCUUAAAACUAAACUUUUACUUUUAGAGCUAAGAAAAAAAAAGAAAGAAAAUACAGGAGAAAUGUAAAUAUUGAUUUUCAUCCUUUUCGGGGUUCCGUAAAUCUAAAACUAUUAAAGAGACACAAGAUUGUUUAUAAUUUGACUUGAUUUAACAUUCCUAUAUUGUACUAAAAUGGUCAGACUGAAUCUAUUAAAAUAAAAAUUAUUAUUAUGUUUAUCAUUUUAUUAUUAUCACCGUAUUCAUUCUAAAACAUUUUGCUGUCCUAAGGUACCCCAGAUCUGUAUAAAACAUAACUUAACAUAAAAAUACAUUUAAUUAUAUAUGCACUGUAAUCCCCGAAGGGGUAGUCAGAUUUGGCUCAGAAGCGAGCCACUCACUUUUCGCAGCACAUUUGUACUCACGUGAUAGGUUGCGAUAUUUUGGAAUAAGUAAGCCGUUUUUGGAAUAAGUACAAUGCACUUAAGGAUACACAUCUAGAAUCUAGAUAUGCAGG